AUGGACGUGGAUCAGCCGUUUGUUGUGUUGAGAUCUCAGCCUGGCAUCAAGGAUGUGGCGUCACAGGCCCCUCGAGAACCGGCGCGCAUGAGCGCCCAACACAGAAGCCAAGAAGGGGACUCGUCCAACAAUCGCAAAUGGUCAGCUUUGGCGUGUGCUGCGGUAUGUGGUGCUGCGAGCGUCCGACGCACAAAGCGCACGCAGAAGCGGCCAGUUGUCAGCCGCCAGGUUUACAAAGUUGAGAUAGAUGUCCCGGAUCCAAAAGAAGUCGAAAAAGAGAUUGAAACAAUUGCAGGGCCCACAAUUGCAAAAGACUUGCAACAAAUCGGUCGUGCUGCUUCCGAGAUGUUGCACUCGGCAGAGAAAGCACUCCCCAAAGUGACGCUUCCGUCGCUUCCCAAAGUGACGUUUCCAGCAGUUCCUCCAGAGCUGACAGCGGCAGCAAAGCAGUUGGCCGCGAAAGUGGAGGCGGCUGUGGGCCCCAAUCUGACAGACCUCAGCAAGCUAGCCGCCACCCACCUGCCUCCGGACAUCGCCAAGGUCUUGCUGCAUCCGCAGGUGCUGGAGCCGGCCAUGAUGCCAGCGGGCGUGGGCGCUUUUGUGGUGUGGCUCCUGGCUUUGCGCAGGGGCCCACAGCCCUGGUUGGAGGAGUUGCCUCGCGAGUACGACUAUGGCCGGAUCACUGCCUACUGGCAGCGCAGGCCUUUCAAGCUCCUCACCCGCUUCGUAGAGGCUGGCAUCAGGGUCGGGGGGUUCCUGUUCGCCCUGAAGACCGACGAGUGGACCGGCGCAGAAGACAAAAUGCGGCCGCAAAGGGCCAUCGAAGCCAGGGAGUUGAUCACCGAUCUCGGGGUGACCUUCAUCAAGAUCGCACAGGUUUGGGCGUCGCGCCCGGACAUUCUGCCCAAGGAGUACUUGAAGGAGUACGAGAAGCUGUUGGAGCAGGUUCGGCCCUUCGGCCGUGACCUCGCGCUGGAGACCUUGCGAAGGAGGGUGGAUGGCAGCAAGGCGGCCAUCGACUUGUUUGACGACCUCAGUGUCUUCGAGAAGCCCAUCGCCUCAGCAUCGGUGGGCCAGGUCUACAAGGCCGAGCUCUACGGGAAGACGGUGGCGGUGAAAGUUCAGCGCCCGGAUGUGCGGGACCAGUCCACUCUGGACCUGUACGUCAUCCGCACGGCGGGCUCGAUCGGUUCCCUGCUGCCCUGGCCCUUCCUGUCCACUGCCAGGCAGUCGAAGCAGCUCGUCGAGCUCAUCGACCUUACUGCGCCCACUUUCAUUCAGGAGCUGGACUACGAGGUCGAGGCGGAAAACCAGCGCCGCUUUGCCAAGACAGUGGAGGACUGCGAGCUCAUCAAAGAUGCCGUGGCAGUGCCGGACAUCGUCUUUGCAAACCGUGAGGUACUGGUCCAGGAGUGGCUCGACGGAAAGAAGCUGACGGAGCCUGGUGCAGCCCAGGAGCAGGCUGGCCGUGUGGUCAAGCUUUUGCUGAACAGCUACAUGGUCCAGUUCUUGGAAACUGGGUACCUUCACGGAGACCCUCACCCAGGCAACUUCAUCCUCAUGGGGGAUGGGCGGCUGGGGAUCCUUGACUACGGCCUCAUGACCGAGAUCAGUGGAGAGAAACGCCUCGCUUUCAUCGAGUUCUUGAUGCACCUGCAGGCGAAGGAGUACAAGAGCUGUCUCAACGACUUGAUCAACCUGGAGUUCUUCCCGCCGGCCCUGGCGGCCGACAAAGAAGCCUUGGACAUCAUCGUGCCGACCUUGGCCAACACCCUCUCGACGCUCUACGAAGAGGGGGGCGACCUCAAGAAGAAGCGGGAGAUGUUCGCGAAGCAGCGCGAAGAGAUGAAAGCUGCUGGCAAGUUGGACGGCUUACGGGAGAAGUUGCAGGCCAUCAGCAAGAAGUACUCCGGGGCCUUCCGGUUGCCGCCCUACUUCACGCUGAUCCUGCGGGCUUUCGGCACCCUGGAAGGCCUCGGUCUGAAGACCAACGAGAACUUCGCCAUCGUCAAGGAGUGCUUCCCCUACAUCGCCAGGCGCUUGAUCACCGACGAUAGCUUCCGAAUGCGAGAAGCUCUGAGGUCCUACCUCUACAAGGGCCGAUCUCGCAUCGCCGUGUCGCGCAUUGACGAGCUCGCCACCGGGUUCGGCAACUUCACCAAUCUGAUGAAGGGAAGCCGAACGGAAUCUGCGGCGGCCGGUGGGAUCCAGAUCGAGCAAAAUGGCACCCAUGAGCAGAGCAACGGCCAGAGCAACGGCCGGGUGCGCGAGGUCGACUCGGCCACACGGGAGAUUGCAGAAGUGGUCUUCUCCCCAGAUGGCAACUUCCUACAGGACCUGCUGAUUGAGGAGGGUGUGGCGGCCAUCGAUGCGCUCUCCCGUGCCUCGCUGGUGCGUCUGCUUCGAACCCUGGGACCCUUGGCUCUUCCUCUCGCCUUGCCUCUGAACCUCUUGCUUGGUGGUGCCGACGACCAGCAGCUCCUGAGCAGGGAAGACAAGCAGUCGCUGCUCGUGCUCCGCCGCAUCACGGAGCUUGUAGAUGCCGGCCGCCGCCCAGCCGCCGAGAGCGAUGAGGCUGCCGCGGACUUCGGCGAGACGGUGCGGAGCCUGCAGAGGCUGCAGCCCAUUGCCCAGGGGCUGCUGCCGUCCAUCACUCCUGGUGCCGCGUCCUUUGCGGGUCGCUUCGCCCGGCAGCUGGCGCGGCGCGUGCUGCUGCGCCUGGCAGACGACGUGGAGCGCAGGGCAAACAACGCCCUGCUUGUAUGCCUUGCAAGGAUGCCGAAGAAGGUGAAGAGGCCCUGGCGGAUGCUCCAGCGCCUGGAAAGCGAGUCCGACGAGGUGGUCGCGCAAACGGUGGAGGAGCUGAUCCGAAGGCAUUUGCUGUCAGAUCCCCGCGAUGCGACCUCGGCCAUCCGGGCUUCAGGACGCCGCUCCCUCUGGCCAUGGGCGCUUUUUCUGCUUCGCGAUCUGCCGCUCCGGCACCUGGAGCCCUCGAUCAUCGCUUGUUCCGCCGCGAUGAGAGCGUGCGAGAGCGGAGGCUGGCUGCAGACGCUGCAGCUUCUGAGGUGUGGCCGAGAGGGGGAACUCGCACUCGACGUCGUGGCCUGCGGAACUGUGAUGAGUAGCCUCAAGCGAGAAGAGCCCUGGCCGCUCUCCAUCGCCUUCAUCGCCGAGAUGGAGCAGACUGGGUCUGGGCAGAGCCGGCAGGGUAGGCGGUUGCCUCGGCCCGAUGUGGCAUGCUACACUGCUGCGAUGGACGCUUGCACAUCUUGGUCCGGGGCCCUGGGCGUCCUGGGGCAGGUGCGGGCAAGACAGCUGGAAGUGGAUCCUGUGCUGCUGAGCUCUGCGCACUCUUGCUGCGCCCGCGCGGAUCAGUGGCACUCCGUGUUGUCCGCCACGGAAGAGGCCCUGUGCCCCGGCCGGCGUGGUUUCACCGGGAACAUCCUGGGAAACGCCUUGGGCCAGCCCGGCAAGUGGGAAGCUGGUUGCUCAUGGCUGUCGGAGGCCCAAAAAAGGCAGCUGAAGCCGGACGUGGUGACCUACAGUGGUCUCUUUUGCGACUGGUCACAGAGCCUCCGUCUCCUUGCAACCAUGCAAACUCAUGGGAUCCGCUGCAACGUCGUGGCGCUGACCAGGGCAAUCGCGGCUCUUUCAGACAGGUGGCAGGCGAGCCUGGCGGUGGUGUCGCAGCUGUGGGAAGGUCGCCUGGCAUCCGACGAGGGCCUGGCGCGAUCUCUUCUGGCUUCGUGCCGUGGAGGCCCUGAGCUGGUCCUGGGCCUCCUGAGGGGCUUCCAGGACCUCCGAGUGGCCUCCUCGGAGGUUCUCUGUGCUGCAGUGCAGAGCUUGGCGCGGCAGGCGCGGUGGCAGCUGGCCGCAGGGCUCGCCGAGCGCCUGCAAGGGCCGCCGUUGUUGGCAGGCUUCAGCAGCCUCAUUUUGAUUCGCAGAGAGGAUGCGGCUGAUGUCGACUGGGCCCUCUCUUGGCUGCCGGCCCUUCGACAGCGGCGGGCGAUGCCGGACGAGCGGGCUUUUGUGGCUGCCUUGUCAGUCUGUGGGCGUGGUGGCCAGUGGUGGAGGGCCCUUGGACUUGUGCAGGACAUGGCAGAGCUACGUGUGCCCGCGGGCAGGUUUGCUACCGCUGCGUCGCUCGGGGCCAUGGAAAGUGCCCGGCGAUGGCGCAGGGCGCUGUCCUUGUUUCGAGGGGUGCAGAAGGACGGGACGGCUCUCUCUGUGCCGGCUGUGAACGCUGCAGCGGCCGCGUGCGAGAAGGGUUGGCGGUGGGAGGAGGCCGCCUCGCUUCUUGCCUGGAUGAGAGCCGCGGGCCGGGAGCCCGAUCUCAUCAGCUGCAACAGCCUUAGGAGUGCCUGCGCGGCGGCGGCGCUCUGGCAACGUGCCCUGGCGCCGGGCGCACGGGACGUUGUGUCCUUCACGACCAUGGUGGACGCCCUGCCUGCUGCGCACUGGCAGGGUGCGGUGCAGCUGUGUGCGGACGUGGCAGAGCAGGCCGUGCAGCCGAACGAGCUUUUCCUGGGAGCUUUCGGGGCCUUCCCGACUUCGUGGCCUUUGGCUUUGCAGUUGCUGGAGGGGCGGGCGCCGUCCUUGGUGGUGCUGGUGGAGGUGCUGAAUGCCGCCGGCCAAACACAUGUGGCUUUCCGGGACCAGACGUCCCAGCUGCUGCAGAACCUGCUUCGUCACAAUUUCGACGGGCAUGACUUUAGCCAGCCGCUGGCUGCUGCCGAGGCGCUGAUGGCCUUUACCGGAGCUCUUCAGCCGGAAGUGCUGGCUUCUCUGCGGUCCCAGAUUUAUUGCCCAGCUCUGCUUCAGCUGCGCGGGCUGACGCUCCGGCCCUCGAGGGGAGGCGACGGUGCGUUCAUCUCGGACAGAGUCCUGGAGCGUCGCUUCAACCUUGGACCCUUGACCUCUGCGGCGAUGGAGCAGCUGGGUUUGGAGCACACCGCGUCUCGUUGGUCUGCUGUGGCCCGUCGCUCCUGUCGCCAAGGCCAAGGCGACGAGGGUGAGGCCGAGGGCGAGGGUGGCUUGAACGGCCUCAAGCCGGAGCCUUCUGCGCAGGCCGUGCUGGCUUGGAGCUCCGUCGCGCUGGGAAGCGACGCGCUGCGCAGCCGGGGAGUUGUGACGAAGCCCGGGCCGGGAGCGUCGUACGGACCCUUGGGAUCUGACCUGAGGAAUGUGAGACGCUUGAAGCCUGUUUUUGCUGAUCAUGAUCGGUCUGGCCAUGCUGAGCGGAUAGCCUUGUUGACUGUGUUGACUUCCUUGAAACUGCGCCCCGGUGCUUCCUAG